AUGGGUUACCUGAAGCAGUUAGUGUUGAAGGAUUUCAAGUCCUGGCGGGGGGAAUGGGUUAUCGGCCCCUUCCUCAAGUUCAACUGCAUCGUCGGGCCCAAUGGAUCAGGAAAAUCUAACAUAAUGGAUGCCAUUAGUUUUGCGAUAUGCGAAAAGAUAGCUAAUUUGCGAGUUAAAAAUGUUCAAGAACUUAUUCAUGGAGCACAUGUUGGAAAACCAGUGUCUUCUACAGCUAGUGUGAAGCUAGUCUACUGUGAAGAAGAUGGGAAAGAAAAAACAUUUUCAAGAGUUAUCCGUGGUAGAUGUUCUGAAUUUCUUUUCAAUGAUAGAUCUGUCAGCCGAUCUACUUAUAUAUCUGAGCUUGAAAAAGUAGGCAUACUUGUUAAAGCUAGAAAUUGUCUUAUUUUUCAGGGAGCAGUAGAAUCAAUUUCAAUGACAAAGCCAGAGGAGAGAACUCAGCUCUUUGAACAAAUCAGUAAUUCAUGGGAAUAUGCUGAAGAAUAUGAAGAAAAAAAGAAAAAAAUGCAGCAAGCAGAAAUGAAUGCACAGAUACAUUAUAACAAGAAAAAAAUCAUUGCAGAUGCACGCAAACAGGCUAUGAUACAGAAAGGGGAAGCAGAGCGUUACCAGAUUCUUCUCGAGGACCUGGAUGAAGAAAAGAUACAGCUGAAGCUUUUCCAGCUUUAUCACAGUGAAAAAAACAUUGACUUCCUGAAAAUAAGUUUGGAUGAAAAGAAUAUGGAGGCUCGUAUCAAGAAAGAGUCCCUUUCUGCAGCAGAAGAUGCAUUUAGAGACAAGAAAAAAGCGUUUGGUGCACUAAACAGAGACCAACAGCACAUGGAAAAAGAAAUUAAUACUCUGGAAGCAUCACUGGUUCAGCAGAGACCUCUCUAUAUAAAAGCAAAGGAAAACACUUCCUACCAAAUCAAGAAAGUUGAAAUAUCUAAAAAAUCUCUAUGGAACAAGGAGAAAUCCUGUGAUAAGGAAAAGCAAAACAUAAAAGAACUGGAGAUAGAAUUGAAUGAUAUUGAGAAGGCAUGGAAGGCAUUUGAGAAGAAAGCUGAAGAGGAGAUAUUGCAAAGAGCAGCAGAUAUUGAGCUGGAAGAAAGUCAGUUGAAGCGUUACAAAGAACUAAAGGACAUAGCAAGAAAGAAAGGAGCUACACUAACCCAGCAGCUAGAAAAACUUCAUUGGGAGGAAAGAGCAGAUGAAGAAAGACUGAAACUUAAUUGGAGGAAGAAAAAAGAAAUUGAGGAAAACAUGAAACAGACUGUGGAGCAGAUAGAAGAGCAUAAAAAAAGAAUAGAGAAGAUGGAAGAAUAUGUCAAGAUGUGCACUGAAUUGUUAGCAGAGAAAAAACAGCAAGAGGAAGCACUAACUAAGGAAAUUGAAAAUACAACAGUACGAAUGGCUGAAGUGAAUGAAGAAUUGAACAAAUUAAUUGUUGAACUGCAGAAUGCCAGAAUUGAUUACCAUGAAGGAAAGCGUCAGCAAAUGAGAGCAGAAAUCCUGGAAAGUCUGAAAAGACUAUAUCCAGAUUCUGUGUUUGGAAGACUGCUUGACCUGUGUCAGCCUAUUCACAAAAAAUACCAGAUUGCUGUUACCAAGGUAUUCAGCAGAUACAUGACUGCUAUUGUUGUUACCACUGAAAAAACAGCAAAAGACUGCAUUCAGUUCCUAAAACAAGAACGAGCUGAACCUGAAACUUUUCUUGCUUUGGAUUACCUUGAUGUUCAACCAAUCAAUGAAAAGUUGAGAGAGAUAAAAGGAGCUAAAAUGUUGGUGGAUGUUAUACACACUCCUUAUGCUCCACUGAAAAAAGUGAUUCAGUUUGUGAGUGAGAAUGGCUUGGUCUGUGAAACAGUUGCAGAAGCAAAAGAAAUAGCGUUUAAAGGACCUGUGAGGUUGAAAACAGUGUCUCUUGAUGGAACUUUGUUUUUGAAAUCUGGAGUGAUUUCUGGAGGAUCAAGUGAUUUAAGAGUUAAAGCUAGAUCUUGGGAUGAAAAAGAAAUAAGUAAGAUGAAAGAAAAAAGAGAUAGCUUCGUUAAUGAAUUAAAGGACUUAAUGAAGAUCAAACGUAAGGAGCCUGACUUGAAGCAGUUGCGCACUCAGUGCCAUGGGACUCAGAUACGUCUUAAAUAUUCACAGACUGAAUUAGAGCUUAUUAAAAAGAAAACUCUUGCUAAUCUCUACGUGGAAAAAUCAAAACUGGAAAGUGAACUGGUAAAUAUCAAAUCUCAGCAUGAUAUACUGAAUGAAGUAGUAGCACAAAGAAAAUUAAAAAUAGAAGAAUUUCAGAAAAGAAUUAAUGAGGCUGAAGAUGAUGUAUUCCGGGAAUUCUGUGAAGAAAUUGGUGUAGAAAAUAUUCGCUUGUAUGAACAAGAAUAUGUGAGACAACAAGAGGAGAUUGAUAAGAGAAGACUGGAGUUUGAAAAUCAGAAGACACGACUAAACAUUCAGCUGGAAUAUAAUCGCGACCAUCUACAAAAAUUAACAAAUGCAGUCAGCACGUUGAGGGAGACCGUUCUUAAAGAUGAAGCUGAGAUUAUUGAGCUAAAGAAGGAUGAGGAAAAGCAUCUAAAAAAAGUGAAUGAAAUUGUGGAGGAGCAGCAGCAUCUUAAGGAUAGAUUAAGUGCUCAUAAAUCUAAGGUUAUAAAAGCCCAAAAUGAAGUUGAAGAGUUCAGAAAGACAGUGUUUACUGUUAAUAGGGAAGCUACAAAAUUGCAAAAGGAAGCUGCAGCUCUAGAAACCUCUCUAGAAGAUCAAAGAUUGAAACGACAUAAUAUGCUUCUUGAAUGCAAGGUGCAACUCUUGAAAAUAAAGCUUCUGUCUGGAUCACUGGAUGACAUCAGUGAAAUAGAGCUAGGAGCUGAAACUAUGUCAAGUAUAUAUGAAAGGGAAAGGGCAAUUCAGAUAGACUACAGCAGUCUAGCAGAAGACCUGAAGGGCUUAAAGUCUGAUAAAGAGAUAGAGGAUCAUCUGAACCAGAUGCAACAGGAAAUAAAAUCUAAAACAGAUAUUUUAAUGCAGAUGGCUGCUCCAAACCAGAAAGCAGAAGGGAAAUUACAGAUGUUUCGGGACAAGUUACAAAAAUCAGUAGAUGAGUUUGAGACCAGCAGAAGGAUGGCCAGUAUGUGCAGGCAAGAAUUCGAACAGGUGAAAAAAAAGAGAUAUGAGCUCUUUAGCCAGUGCUUUGAGCACGCCUGUGUGGCUAUCGAUCAGAUCUACAAGAAACUUUCCAGAAACAGUAGUGCUCAGGCAUUCCUUAGUCCUGAAAAUCCUGAGGAGCCUUAUCUGGAAGGCAUUGGCUUUAAUUGUGUGGCUCCCGGAAAACGCUUUUUGACAAUGGACAAUAUGUCAGGAGGGGAAAAAUCUGUGGCAGCUCUGGCUCUUGUGUUUGCUGUACACAGUUUUCGGCCAGCACCUUUUUUCGUUUUAGAUGAGGUAGAUGCUGCCCUGGAUAAAACAAACAUAGAUAAAGUGUCAAGUUUCAUUAGAGAAAAGGCACGUGAACACUUUCCAAUUAUAGUUAUAUCUCUAAAGGAAGAGUUCCAUGCCAAAGCAGACGCGUUGAUUGGAGUGUGUCCAAAGCGUGAUGGCAUUAUGUUCAGCCGGGUACUGACCUUGGACCUCACUGAGUAUCCUGAUAUCGAUGAGGAGGAAAGCGAGUUCUCCAAACGCAGUUCUGUCUCAGCAUAA